CCCCUCCACCUGGCCCUAGGCGCGCGGCUGGAGACUGAGCCAGCGCCGGAAGUAGCGAUCUGAACGUAGCAGGUGUUUUUGGGUACAGGUACAGCCGACAUGGGUGAGCCCCAGGGGUCCAUGCGGAUCCUAGUGACAGGGGGCUCUGGGCUGGUGGGCAGAGCCAUCCAGAAGGUGGUCGCGGACGGGGCCAAGCUGCCGGGGGAGGACUGGGUGUUCGUCUCUUCCAAGGACGCUGAUCUCACGGAUGCUGCACAGACCCGAGCCCUCUUUGAAAAGGUCCGGCCCACACACGUCAUCCAUCUGGCCGCAAUGGUGGGAGGUCUGUUCCGGAAUAUCAAAUACAAUCUGGACUUCUGGAGGAAGAAUGUGCACAUCAACGACAACGUCCUGCAUUCGGCCUUCGAGGUGGGAGCACGCAAGGUGGUCUCCUGCCUGUCUACCUGCAUCUUCCCCGACAAGACCACCUACCCCAUUGAUGAGACCAUGAUCCACAACGGCCCCCCGCACAGUAGCAAUUUUGGCUACUCCUACGCCAAGAGGAUGAUCGACGUGCAGAACAGGGCCUACUUCCAGCAGCACGGCUGCACCUUCACCGCUGUCAUCCCCACCAACGUCUUCGGGCCCCACGACAACUUCAACAUUGAGGACGGCCACGUGCUGCCCGGCCUGAUCCACAAGGUGCACCUGGCCAAGAGCAGCGGCUCAGCGCUGACGGUGUGGGGCACCGGGAAGCCGCGGAGGCAGUUCAUCUACUCACUGGACCUGGCCCGGCUCUUCAUCUGGGUCCUGCGGGAGUACAACGAAGUGGAGCCCAUCAUCCUGUCAGUGGGCGAGGAGGAUGAGGUUUCCAUCCAGGAGGCGGCCGAGGCCGUGGUGGAGGCCAUGGACUUCCACGGGGAGGUCACUUUUGAUACAACCAAGUCAGACGGGCAGUUUAAGAAGACGGCCAGCAAUAGCAAGCUGCGGGCCUACCUGCCUGCGUUCCGGUUCACACCUUUCAAGCAGGCUGUGAAGGAGACGUGUGCCUGGUUCACCGACAACUACGAGCAGGCUCGGAAGUGAAGGGCCACGAAGGCCCAGGUGCUGGCUUCCCCGCCCCCGACGGAGGCCCCGGCAGCCGCUCAUCUGGCAGAGCCCGGUGGCAACCACCCUCACCCUUGGACCCUUUCAGGAGCCGAGGGCACUGCCCAGCAACUUGGGCCGACGCUCCACCCCUCCACCAGGGCGGCUCCAGGCAGCUGUCCACUGGGGCCGCCACCGGCGUUGCUCAGGGAAACCACAGCCAGGCCAGGCCUGGCACCGUGCUCCUCGAUGCCAGUGCCCGGGUCCUGGCUGUGCCCACCUCUGAUCUUGCUCUCCCAGUCCUGGGAGCAAUAAAGUGCAUUUCA